AUCGUAAUCAUUCUACAUGAAACGAUAAUUUCCAAUUUGGAUUAAUAUUAGCUGGAUUUGUAUUCAUUGUUUGUACACAUCCCCCAUAAAUUAAUUUAACUCCAUGUUAUUGUCCGUCACUAUAUAUCGAGUAUUAAAUAGUAGUAGCAGUAGUAGUAUAAUUGGUUUGUUUGGAGUGGGAGACCUGAAAAGCAUCUUUCUAGACAAUCAUUUGAUUUUAUAGGAGAAAGUCAAAUCAAAGUUGGCAUAAGUUUGAUGCAGAGUUUGUUAUGAAUGGGCCUGAACCAGUAUUUGUAAAUGGGCCAGUGGAAUGGGAUCCAGGGUGAUAAAUAGUGCCUUGUGGGAGCAAUUGGGAUUAUGCGAACUUCUUAUCUCCUUUCUUCGAGUCUGAGCUUGUCAUCCCCAUUCUUUGUUUACUGUUUCAUUUCUUAGUUUUCCAAUUGCAAAACUGAUCCAUAUGUUAUUCUAAAACUUGGAGAUAAGGUAAUACGGAGCAAAAGAAACAGUCAAACUACUGUUAUUGGACCUCCUGGAGAGCCUAUAUGGAAUCAGGAUUUUCACAUGUUUGUCACAAACCCCACGAGACAAAAGCUAUAUAUAGAAGCAAAGGAUUCCCUUGGAUUUACAGACUUGAGUAUCGGCUCAAGAGAGGUCGAUCUUGGAUCUCUCGAAGAUACUGUACCAACAGACAUAAUAGUGGUCCUCAAAGGCUGGGGACUACUGAGACCAAGGCCUGUAGGAGAGAUUAUACUGCGACUUACAUAUAAGGCUUAUGUCGAAGAUGAGGAGGAUGAAAAGAUUGAAGCAAGAUCCAUGGAUUUGGAUGUUUCAGAUGAUGAAUUGUCCGACUUCGAUGAACGAGAUACUGCUGUCUAUGAGCAGCUUGGGAAGAGUAUGUCAAGUGGAACAGAUAAAGAAUCAUUUAUGGAUUUAUUAGCAGCAUUAAUUGUCAGCGAGGAAUUCCAAGGGAUUGUGGCAUCUGAAACAGGCAAUGGUAAAUCUGUAGAUGAGUUUAAAACUGGAGUGUCAACAUCAAGACAACAUACUCCUGCUAGAUCUGUAGAGCAAAAGUCUGAUACUUUUCCUGAAAAUUUUGGAGAAUCAGCCCUGUUUUGGCUAGCGAUUAUUACAAGUAUAUCAGUUCUAAUUGCUCUCAAUGUCAGUGGUUCUAGCAUUUUCAAUCCAUGAAUAACGAAACAAAAUAAAACUGAUAGCCCCUGUAACGAAUACAAUAUAGAGCUUCUGCGGGAAUGAUUCUGCCUAACCACACAGUUGUCACCACUCUGGGAUUGCCCGAACAGAAACCUUAUAUUCAAGGUUUUGUUCCUAGAUUUUAUUCGGACUUUAGUGAGGAGAAUCUUGAGACUCAUUGAGUACGGUGGAUUGUACUAACGUUCUCUUUUGGAAACCUAUGUUGGUCUGCGGUACAACGUAGGUUCCAGUUUUGCAGACAAACAAGCUUCAGGCUAGAGAUCAUCGCUCUCCGUGCUUUUGGUAGCUCCACUUCUUGCUUUCGGUGGGGACUCGUAUAUGUUUAUUCAUUUAUUCCUUUAUUUAGCAUUUGUUUUGGGAUUAGUCAGAAACCCUAUGUCCUGUGCAUUUCCUUUAGUACUUUAGUAGAGGCUUCAUAGACGUGUUUUAGUGGAUAACAAUACUUGGCAUCAUUUUCAGUAGAUUUCAGUAUUUAUGGAUUUCGAGAUUCAUUUGGAUUAUUUU